AUGUUGAAUGUUGUGAGAGCCGCUGCUGUGCUUAUUCUAGUUCAAUCAAUUCAUUCUACGGACCCUAAUGAUUUCUUAAAUAGAAAAUACUACAGCUCCUCAGUUUUGGGGCUAGUUAAGCUCUUAAAGAUGGAGCAAGAGUUUAUGGUGAAUUUUUCGAUCUAUGCCAACAUCUUGCAGGAGAAAGUGGACAAUCUAAAUAUUUUCCUAGAUGCCCUGAAGCGACCCAAUCACAAAACCCACAAUGAAAGGGAGAAGUUCGUUUCCAAUCCGUUAAAUGCGUUUGGACUCAUCAGAAGACUAAAUCAGGAUUGGCCAAAAUUGCAAAACUACACCCAAAAGCCUUUGGGCCUUGAACAACUCACUGCGAUGCAGGAUAUCGUGAGUGCAGCCCCUGAAUCCUUUGAUAUGAAUGAAAAACUUAAAGCGAUGCACCGCAUAGAGACAACCUAUGAUCUCCAACCAAAGGAUAUAGCAAAAGGACUUCUUCAAAGGACAGAAUUUAACUAUAGACUUUUAUUUCGGGACUGUUUGGCUUUGGCUUACCAUAAAUUUGAAAUCGGCGAGUUUAAGCGAUCACUUUUGUGGUUUCAAGAAGCAUUAAAGUUAAGCACAGAUGGUAGUUUGGAGAUUAUGAAUAGAUUAAAGGAAAUUGAAUUGAAAGGCUUUGCAACAGCUGUAGCCAAACGAAGCAUUUAUUUGUCCAAUCAAGGACUGACUAAUGAGACCAUUGAUGACAUGGCCAAUAGCCAAUUACAAGAUGCCAAACUAAUGGAUUUGGAACAACUGAUCAGUUCAGAAUUAAAGCAAUGGAUUAAUGAUGACUCCACAACACCUCCCACUGACCAUAAUCUUGGAUGUCGUGGACUCUUUCCCAAGAAGUCCAACCUCGUCUGCCGUUACAACUCGAGUACAAACGCUUUUCUAAAACUAGCACCCUUGAAAAUGGAGGAAAUAAGCCGGGAUCCUUACAUUGUGAUGUUUCACGAAGUGAUUAGCGAUAAAGACAUUGAAGAAAUGAAAGGUGAAAUUACAGAAAUGGAGAAUGGGUGGACUAGCUUGGGAGAUCCUAAGGAGAUUGUUUCCCGCGUCUAUUGGAUAAGGAAGGAAUCUUCGUUUAGUAAGCGAAUUAAUCAACGCAUUUCCGACAUGACGGGCUUCAAACUGGAAGAAUUUCCAGCCAUACAAUUGGCCAAUUUUGGAGUGGGUGGGUACUUCAAGCCACAUUACGACUUUUAUACAGAUCGUUUAAAAGAGGUGGAUGUGAACAACACGCUGGGAGAUCGAAUUGGCAGUAUUAUAUUUUAUGCUGGAGAAGUCUCACAGGGUGGACAAACCGUAUUUCCCGACUUAAAGGUGGCGGUGGAGCCGAAAAAAGGUAAUGCGUUGUUUUGGUUCAAUGCUUUCGAUGAUUCAACGCCAGAUCCACGAUCCCUGCACUCUGUGUGUCCAGUUUUAGUGGGUUCACGAUGGACGAUAACCAAGUGGUUACACUACGCCCCCCAAUUGUUUGUGAAGCCCUGCAGCCCAAGAGUUCAUUUGGAGUGA